UACAAAUGUUGCUAAUAUUUUAUAUAAAUUUAAUCAAAUUUAAAAAAGUUUAACUGAUACGGAUACCAUAGUACCUCUUUUUUUGAGACGACAGAGUAUAAACUUAUUACCAUGACUCUCACGUUUAGACUCCAAGACAAGAAUGAUGAUGCCGAGCAUCCUUCCAUACUGCUUACUGUUGCGCGUGCCGAUUGUUGACGUGUCAUAUGUCCCCACCCGAUUUCCCUAUUUCUGUCACUCACCAUUUUGCUCUCUUUUAGCUCGGAAACACGAGUCACACCACAGCUGUGACGGGCAUCCCCUGUAUACAAGUCUUCCAUUACACUGGCCUACGGCAGGAGAGGAAAUCCAAGCUACAAACUUGCCGCCGCCGACAUGAGACUUCAGGUGUUACUCGUCACACUGGGUGUUCUAGCCGUCCUGGCAGCUCUGCCACUCAGCAAAGGCGAGGAGGAAGGAGGAGCAGCGCGCGCCAAGGGCUCAUGGCCGUGCUGCGACAAGUGCGGCUUCUGCUACAGGUCGUUCCCGCCACGGUGCCAGUGCCUAGACUUCUCGCAGCGCGGGUGCCAUCCGGCGUGCAGGAGCUGCCUCAAGUUCACCACCGGCGGCAUCGACGAACCACCCAUCUUCCGGUGCGCGGACAUCCUCGUCAACUUCUGCGAUCGAAGCUGCACGCCGCCUGAAGCUCUCUGAAGGCCGGCAAGUGUCGAUGCUUUGCUUGCUCAUCGUUUCGUAAUUUUUUCAGGAAUAAAGAGCUCUGCUAUGCUCAAAGCUCUGUGAUCAGAUAUGUGCUGAAAUAAUGAAAAUAUAUUUUGGCUAGGCCAGGAGCCAAGGAUA